UGCCAUGAAACAUAACAAUGCGAUAAGAGAUGUGGCAACGACGCGGCAGUUUCCUCAUUUUAAUAUGCAAGCAUAUAAUUUUACUAACAGGUGUAUUACGGCAGACCGUAACCAAACAGCUGCCUCAGGAAGCCUACCAGUUUCAAGGCUAUGUGCCAUCCCGUCAACCGACUACGGACCCGAAAUUGAUAAGCGUGCAUAGGCAAAAGGAAUUACUGGUGAUGUCAGCGGCUGAUAUCAUACACGGGACUAAUCCCAUGAUAUGGCGCACCGCUGAGAUCAGGAUGAGGAGCGACCAGUGCGCGUCGUUUGAGGUCGGCUUCGUCUUUAAGACUCUGGAGGAGACCUAUAAAAAAAUGCUGGACCUAUACAAUACGACGGUGCAGAUACGCAAGAACAAUACCAAUAUAGACCACAUGGACCACAUGAUGUUUUUGCAAAAGUUCGAGAAGCUACACUGGCGGAUAUACCACCUGCACAACAUGCUUCACGAGGUCGAAAGAAAAUACAAGAUGGACGCCAUCAUCAACGCAUCGGGCGUGUUCCGGGAUGGUAAGCGCUGGACGCGCCCCACACAGCAAUUGGCCAAGACGUUCGUCUGGCCCAAGCGCACCACCAGCUGGUGGCGACCGAUGGAAUACGGCUGGAAUACCGAUUACUUCUACUGGUAACGCCAAACCGACCUGACCUGCCACCACGUAAGACCUGGAUGCACUGGACCUAUCCAGGUCCAGUGACCGCUGAAAUACAGCUGGAAUAAAAAUUAUUUAAAAAACUGUUAACUUCAAUGAUCUUACCGCCAGUGGUGAAAAGUGCUAAAAAUUACAAAUUACUUACAACCUGAAAUAAAG